AGACAACAGUACUGGUCCAAAAUAAUUGAUCUAUGCUUUGACACAAUACCACGAAACUCGGCUGUUUAACAUAUUGUUGAAUACAGUUGUCUUAUGAUAAAUAGCCCGAUAGUUGACAAAGAUGUUUGCACUGGAGCUGUCAACUGGUGUGGAUGAUGUGGUCAAAAAUUUUGAAAAGCUCCCCACAGACUUGUUUGCAGAAACGCUCCAGGUGAUCCUUGUUCAUCUUCAGGAUCAGAGCAGAGCAGUAGAUUUGAUUGAAAACUGUGAUAAAUUUCAAAGAGCCGGGAUAAACCUGGAUCAGAAAGCUGUUCAAGAUAUUAUAAGACUGAUGUCAUACUAUUUUAGGUUAGCUGCAAAGGGCAAUCUCAGUGCAGAUGUCUUGGUCAGUAAAUUGACUGAAUGCAGCAGUAAAUGGUCCAAAGCAAAGCUACAGGUGGUUCACCAGCUUUGGACUGAGCAUGGUGCUCUUCUACAUGCACAGCAGGAGGACCUGACAAUGGCUAGUAUUGGACAGCUUGUAGAUAUCCAGUGGAAGCUUGGAAUGGCAGUGAGCUCAGAUACCUGCCGAUCCCUCAACUCUUCGUUCAUCUCGGUUCUAAUGAAAAUUGCGGACACGUCAGGGGAGGUAUCAUAUAAAUCCUUUGAGAUGACAGUACAGCAGUUUCAGAACUUCCACAGGCAGUUCAAGGAAAUGGCCUCCGUUUUAGAGACGGUUUAAUCUUUUUCUGCAAGUGAUUUUUGCAGCAGUGAUUCUGAACCAUUCUGUGUUUGACUAAAUGUUACGUUUAAGUAUUUAAUAUUUAAUAAUUUUACACUGAUCUUUUUUCUUUUUAUUCCUUUAAUACUGUCAGCACUGAAUAAAGACAUCCAAACACAUGUCCUAUAGUGUUAGAUCCCCCAUGGAUCAACAUAAAUUUCCAUUUGUCAUUAAUAUUGAUCUUCAUAAUUGUCUAAAGUGCCUUUAGGAACAUUAAAUAUGUUUUUCACCUUUCAAAUAACAAAUAACACUUAUGAGAUGAUGUUCAAGAACAUGAAUUUCUUCUAAUAUUUUUCAAUACAAUUAUUCACUGAACCACUA